CGAAACACAACAGCGCAUACUGAUGGUCGUAAUUUGACAGAGAGCGAGCAAAAAUGAAGCAUUGUUUUAAAAGUUUUUCAUAUAGGGAUCAAGUGAAAGAAACUCAGAGAAUCAACUAAAUUUCUUCAAAAUCUGAACAUGCCUGUGACAACGAGGAAUUCUUCAUUUCACAACUUUUCAUCCAAGGAUGGAUUCCAAGAUUUUACCCUCGACACAAAUAUGAAAGUGAUAUUCUUCUUCCUGGGUUUCGUUGCCUUUCUAAUCAUCAUUGCCAAUGGUCUUGUCUUUGUGUUGGCUUGGAAUAUGAAGUAUCUCCGCACCAGAACAAACUUCUUUCUUUUCAGCUUAGCAGCAAGUGAUUUGCUCUCAGGUGCAGUGGUUGUUCCACUCGUUCUAUCGUGUAACAUUGUAACGGUCAAUCAGUCGCUUUGUAUCGCUAUGGAUAUCUGUCAGCGGGGUUUAGCCAUCUCGACGAUACUGCAUCUUUCGUCCGCAGUCAUCGAACGAUAUUUGAAGAUAUCUUCGCCUUUUAGGUACACGUCUAUUGUCACCAAGCCUCGAAUUUCUUGUGUGUUAAUUUCCAUCUGGAUAUUAGCCAUGUCUGUGUCUCUUUCUCAGUUGUUUAUCAUCUCUUCGCAAGACGUUACUAAAGCUUACCUCGUCUACAACACAACAGUUCUUUCACUGUUUGUGUUUGUGCCAUUCUUCGUCACAGUUUUGGCUUUCAUUCGCAUUUAUUUCAUCAUGAAACAGAGUAAAAAAUCAAGAAUGAGGCUGACCAUUAUUGUAAGAGAAAAUACAACAAACUCGACGCAACGAAAGAAAAGAGUGAACACCAAAAGAUCAUUGAUAGUGUACCUUGCUAUGUUGUUGUGUUUUGUUUUCGCUUGGUUUCCUUAUUUUUUUCUGACGCUUCUGAUAGACUUGGAUAAUUCAGUAGAGAUGAGUAUCCCCCAUUGGAUGAACGCUUUGUUUUUAUUUCUAAAGGUCAGCUCUGCUCUAUUCAAUCCACUUUUAUUUACUUUUUUUAAAGCAGAUUUUCAAAAAGCACUCAAUCAAAUGACCUCCGGAAAGCUUUGCAAACAAGUUGCAAAUACACAGGAUGAAAGUGCGCGAAAAAGAUUUGGAUCUAAUUCCAUGCAGACCAACCAAACCCAUCUUCAGCACAAGACAUUUGAGAUAGAAGAACCGAAAUCUUUAAUUAUCAAUCACCUGACAAGAUAACUGAAUGCUGGGAAGCUCCCCUCCUUCCUUCGUCCUUCGUGCUUUCUCCUUGCUAGAGCGUAGUGCGUAGGGAAUGUUUAGAAAUGUCUUAUUUUCAGCCAAUAAAUCGUAACGAAAUAAUUAACAAUUGGUUCAUAUGUCAGCGUGCGUUCAUCGAGAUAUGAAGCACGCGGGAA